AGAUGAAAGAAUAAGAAGGGCAAGGUUAUUUAUAUUUGUAAUGAUAGAAAUCGAUCUGAUUUGAUAUUCUUCAUGUCAUUCGUAGAAGAUACGCUACUGCCUUUCACUAUUUCAAUUUUGACGCAUUGAGGACAUUGGUCAUUUUUUUUCCCACUUCUUGAAAAAAGGAUUCAAAUAUGAACUUGGGUUUUGUUGGUCUCGGCGCUAUGGGAGCUUCCAUGGCGCGCAACAUGGCGGACUACGGCGAUUUUACUGAAGUGCACCUCUGGAAUCGUACGCAUGCCAAAGCAGAGUCACUGAAAUCGGAAAUCGAGAACCGGAAACUGGAAGCGACCGAAUUAAGAUUUGGACUCCAAGAAUGAGUGUAUCUGCAUGUUCACGCACACCAUUUUACUUUUAUCAUUUUAGGCGUAGGCGUUUUUUAUUUGUGUUGAAAACAAUUGACUGUUAGAUAUUUUCCUAGCGGAUGAUGGCAUGUCGUCUGUGUCGCUGCCUCUAAGAACGAGAGGGGAAGGCGCGAAUGGAAAAGCACGAAAUAAGUUACAAAAAGUUUUUUGUCACGAAGAGCUAUCACAGAUGGUAAACAAAUGUCACGUUCUGGUCAUGAUGCUCUUGUCGGACGCGCCCACGGUCGAUGUGGUCGAAAAAAUCUGCCUCUCGCGGGAAGAGAAUUCUUCACUGAAGAAAAAUGCAGAGGAAACCCGUGAAGACGACAAAAAUGAAAGCAAGUCUACCACUUCCAGUAACGAUGUGGGCUCUCGCCUUUUGGUGAUGAAUUGUGGUACGAUUUCGCCAGAGAGUGUUCAAAACAUCGCGGAACGGUGUGCGCGUAGUAACAGUUGUGUCCAGUUCGUGAAUUGUGCGGUUACCGGGCGACCGGAACACGCGGCGAGGCGCCUGCUUACUGCGUGGAUAUCCUCGUCGGACAGAGCGGCUGCGGAGUUUGCGCGCGAGCGCGUGACCCCAACCUUUGCUCGCGUGUCCCACCUGAUCUCUAUGAGUGAUCCAACAGCGUCCGCGAAAUACAAGCUUUGUACCAACUUCAUGGUGUACGCAACCGGCGAAAUGCUGUCGGAAUGCUUGUGUCUGAUGGACGCGGCUGGAAUUGACCGUGAGAAGUUGCUGGACUUCACUCAAGGCGGCAUUUUGCCAGGGUUGAUUUUAAGGAAUUGAUGAUCACGAACUACUUAAUCCCUCCUCAUCCAACGCUUUCCUCUACUUUCCUCGCAUGGAUAUUUUGAAAAGACGAAGAUGCACUGGAAAUGCUUCAUGUACAGCCUAAACCCCUUGCUGACUGCAAAUCAUCAUCAGUUUAGGUAAGAAUGAAUUGUCGUACGCUUUUCUAAUGAUUGCAGAUGUGUACGCGAAAAAACUCGUAAAGAGGCAAUUUCGAGAAACUCCAAUUGGUGCGGAUCUUGGGGUGGCAUUGAAAGAUCUCCAGUUGAUGCAACAGAUACAGCAGAACCCUUCUACUUCUAGAGAAACCUCGACGGCCAGCACAGGGACUCCAGUGAAAAAAAUUACUCAGUUGCCGCUUCUCGACACAUGCUUACAGAGUGUCACCGCGCAGAUGACAGCAGUGCAAGCGGACGCUGCAGAAAACAGCGCCGGAAAGGUGUCUGGGGUCGAAUGGUGCUCGUUUUUGGAAAUGGUCGAAAACAAUUUUGUAGAAAAAUGAAAUUGUAUUUUUUCUCAACGUUUUUGUAGCAUAGAACAUCACGAGAAUUUAUUUUUUUAGCAUACUUCUGAUUUGGAAAGAAGAUACACCACAUUUGCGAUGCUGCUGGAGACAACCUCCAGCAUGAGGAUUGUACAUGCGAGAGGAUAAUAUGAAACUAUAGAAACAACACACCGAAAAUGGAUUCAUUGAAUAACAACCGAAAAAUUUUGAAUCGUC